AUGGCGACUAGGUCAAGCUUUCUGGGCAUUCUGCCAGGGAUGUCUAUAAAACUAACCCUCCUGGGACUUCUGAGCGUAUGGAAUGGGGCAAUGAUAUGCGCCAUGGCGAGCGAACGCCAGCACGGAAUUUCGCCCCAUUCUUGGCUGGCGGAAAGGAUGAUGGUUGGCCCCAAUGUAAAAGAACGCUCGUUCCCGCAGAAUUCCUUGUCCUAUGGGCUCAAGAAAAAUCAGAAUAAGGAAAAGCAUGCCGCAUACGGGCAGUCAUUGGUGGAAACUGGAAGGGAGAGGACAAAACUUGUUGGACUUUUGGAACACGAACAGAUAUUGGCCUAUUCGCAGAACCUCCAGUAUGCGUUCAAAAAACACAGCAAAUUUACGCAUUCCUUCCAGUUUUUGCGGGAGUUAUUUUCGACGAAUCCUUUCCUGAAGUUUGUUGCAGUCCGUUACAGAGAGCGGGUGAACAUUGUAAAUGCGCUCGAGAGGGCUGCAGAGAGAUGGACUCCAAUGCGGAAAGGCAAACCAAUAUUCUCGUGGACAAUGUCAUUGUGGGCAAAUCCCCUGGCAACACUUUCCAACGUAGUUAGUGCCGCUUUCGACGAGACGUUCGAGGGAGCUUUGGGCCUUCCAACAGGAGAAGUCAAGAGUGCUUGCUUCUCUUUCGGUUAUCGCAUCAACAGCAUCGCUCCAUAUACUGCUGUGCUUCCGGGAGGAGUUUUUGGCUCCGUGUUGAAGUCGCUUUCCCGUUCCUUCAUGCUCGUAUUCUACCCCGCCUACGCAAGCUUCAGAGGCAUCUUCUCUCUGAUGAUAGGCGUAAUAUGCAAAACGGGAGUGCUUGCUGCUGUCAAGAACCUUUUCAAAGCUCUGGCCAAUAUCACCCGCUUGGGACUGCGCGGCAUUCGAAUUUUGUUCCGCCGGUUUGCUGUUCGUGGAGAUCCCGUGGCGUGGCCGCUUCUGCAGGACCUGCUUCGCAAUGCUUCGCCCGCGAUGAUCACUCUUCUGUUCCAGCUGUAUGCUGUCAAUGUAAGAGAUAUUACACAGAAAGGAAAGCGUGUAACUCAAGCCCUUGCUGCUGGCAGUGCUUCCUGGAAUUACGCGGACGGUCUUUGGGUCGGAGCUUUUGACUUCAGCCGAGCAUUCAUUGACACCAUCAGAUCUUAUAAGCAAGGGGCAGAAGCCUUUGUGGGGUAUUGUGAGAGCAAGGCUGCGGAAACCCAACCUGGGACCCCACCAGAGCAAGCAAUGAUAGAUUUGACGUCCGAAAAAUCGACUUCAGCGGAGUCAGAUGCAGAGGCAUUCGAUAACGCAUCGGAUAAUGAUGUACCGGGAAGCCUUCCUGAGGAGCCGAUAACAGAAGAUAUAAUGAUGGCCUUUAAAGCAAUUGCUCCUGGCGCCAAAGUAUCUCCAGGAGAAACGAGAACCCGCCUAGACUUCGCCUGCCGGAAGUACAAAAAGUUUGUAACUUCCUUUAGAGAAGAACCCUUGAAACACGUGCACUCAGUGGUGAAACAGGCAGUCAAAAUCCUGAAGUACGACUACAAGUUCUUCCAGUCAUACGUUGGCGAGAUGAUGUCAAUCUUUUACGAUUCUGCAUUUGUGCUGCUGAAUGCGGACGUGGCUAAUGUUUUGAGCGAAAAGCUACCUCUCGAGUCGAUGGCCGCUGGCUUGUCGCUGCACUAUGUCGUGGAAGACAUGGGGGACGAAACACUCCGGAAUCGCCGGGACAGAGCGGCGUUCAACCUUCUCGAAAGCGGCGCUCAGAAGCUACGUGAAUCUGUAAACUCGCUGUACGGUCGCUUCCUUGAAAGCAGCAUUAUGAUACGCCGCUUGGAAGGCAAUAAAUCGGUGAAGACCGUCCAAGACUUCGUUUCUAAAUGCAACCCCCAACUGGGCGUCCCGGAUACAGACGUAUGCGGCAAAGUGGUGACAUCCGAAGUGGAUGCGAAUUUAUUUGUAAGGGAAGCACUUUUCUCACUUCACGUACCUAUGGCGGUUCCCUCCGGCGAUAUAGCUGCCCUCAAUGAUGCUGCUCUAGGUGACGUCUUUGGCCGUUGGCGGGAGUUUUCAAGACUUUCCCAGGAUAACCAAGCCGUUGCUGACGCAGCUAGCGACCGAGCUUCCAUGAAGACCUUUCUUCAGUACCUCCGCCAGUCCGUCGUUAGCCGAUUGGUGUUUAACCGGUUCGACUUUGCCGACGAAUUUACAGCCCUGAUCCUGCAUGACUCCAACGGACGCAGCAUCAAGUUCACACCGGAAAAUGCCGAGGACGUGAGAGACCAGGCCGUGCUUGAAGGUCUAGAGCCAGCGACAGGGGCAGGAGCUCCAGCGGAAGGCGUGCCAGUCCACAAAAUCGCUGGAACGAUUAAGUACAACGACCCGCGGGAAGAGCUUGUAUCUAUAAAGGAAGACCCAUCGGCCGUGCGCGAUGUAAUUGUGGCAAAGUUUAUUGACGUGCAUGGGAGGGCUUCAGCUGAAAUGGAUAUGGUUUCUGUUUUUAUGAUGACAGUGGCCUACUUGACAUACCAAAAGAUCCAGAAACACCGUACCGGGAAAACACUGGUUAUGAGCCUAUAUCAAAGGGAUGUCUUGCAUUUGCUACUGGCCCAAAAACGUGGAGAGCUGCUCGAGGAGGCCCCUCACUGCGCAUGGCUUAAAGAAAAUACGCAGAGUGCAGAUGAACUAAUUGUCAAGUGCUCGGCCCUACGCUUCUUCAAGAUCGGUAGUGUUGAUAAUAUUGCAGAGGCUGAUAAGGAGGACAUACGUAACUACAUCUCAUCAUUCGUCGAAAUUCUGGACAGCGUGCGCGGUUCAACUAGCUGGAUGGACUUUCUCAACAUUGACACAUUUGCCGCUGAGGCUGAUUUGUACGCCGCCACUGCUGCAAAGUAUUCAUACGACAAGCUGCUGAAGGAGUUACGUGUAGAAUAUGCAGGAGCAGACGAGGGACAAAGUCUUUCCAAAUUGUACACUGACAUUCAUCCUGCCUUGGGUGGGCCUAGGCGGUACCACAAGGACCGUCGGGAUCUCGUAACAGCAUUGCGGGGCUAUGCUGAGGACAUCAGGAAGCUGCCAACCAGCCUCCGAAAGUCUCUGGCAAUUUUCGUUAGGUCUUGCUUUGCAAAGCUCAGGAGAUUCGUCGGCGCAAAGCAGUUUUCUCUCUUUAGCAAAAUCCGGCCAAACGUUUUGCAUGGUACAACAUUCAUGGCUGCAGUACACGGGGCCGAGGGACGAGUAUUCCCCAACCCCGAGCUCCGUCGUGGUCUGUUCAUCGAAGCUCUAGACCUCCAUGAAUAUGAUGAGUAUAAAAAACUUAAAUCACGGAUAGAAGCUCUUCCAGUAGAAACAGUGGAAACAGCUGCCGGAUGGUCCCUCCGCUACAUGAGCGAAGGAAAAGGCGGCAUGGAACUUGCGAUUGCCAUGCUGGCUCUCAAGAGUCCAGAAGCAGGGCAGCUUAGCAAGGCUCUUCAACUAUCUUUUGCGAGUGUCGAAGUCCUCGCCUUCCUCAACAGCUCACUCAGCGUUGCUCAAGUAAUAGAAUUCAUCGAGCGAGCCACACCGGAGGACCUAGCCUAUCUUCGAAUAUCACUUGGCGUUUUCAAGGCUUCUGCCCAAACUGAGCCUCGAAGCACUGCAAUGAGUUUGUACACGAAGUAUUCAGUAGUCCAAAGCAUUGCCAAUACUUUGGAAGCUCUUGAGCUCCUGCAGCUCCCGGUUGUUCUAUGCUAUAUACUGACUGAACUUGUCAACUUCCAGCAAAGUAAGGAAGAUGAGAUCAGCCCCAGUGAUCUGGUCCAGAAUGCCCGUGUUGAUGGGAAACCUGUAAGGACGUUUCUGAAGGACCUCAUUAACACCAGCAUCAAAACAGAAGCCCGAUUGAUUAUUGCCAAUACUGUAUCCGCGUUUCUUCGCGGCUUGCUGAUUGCAUUCUUGGGCCACGAGGUAGGCCACCUCUCAGCUGCCCAGUUUGCAUCCGUCGAUAUGACUACUGGUGUCUUAACCUUCAUUAUAACUAAUGUAAUUGAGUUUUCCAGUGCCAACCCAGUUAGUCCUUUGAAACCAGCAGAUGUCCUUAGGAAAGUUGCCCGCCUUGCUCUUGGGGCUGAAACUCCCACUGAAGAAGGAGCCCCCAAAAUCGUCGCUGCAAGUGUCUCCUAUCCACCAUGUCUCGGCGACUGGUACGCGAUGGUUGAUCCUAUAAAGCUUGAAGAGCUCACAAUGAAUCCUGCGGCAUUAACGGGAGAAGCUUUAGCCAAUGCUAGCGCGUCAAACCGUUUUACCGAUCUUGCGGACGUAUUCUUCAGCUUGCGCCAAUCGUCAACAAUACGUCCACAAGCAAUUGUUGCAAAGGCUCGUGAUAUUUUAAUGACCAAUGAGACCUUACCACUGCUGGACAGAGUUGGGCUCACCGCUUUUAUAUUCGGCCUUCUUAAGCUCGCCGAGCAAGCAAAGAUAGACUGCCUACAGGAGGCAAUGGAUGAUAUUGCAGGUUAUUUAGUCCUUACACUGCAGGAACAGUAUCUAUACAGAAAUGACUGUUUCUUCAAAAAAUUAUCUGAUGGAGCGGCAGCACCCGAAGCAGCAAGAAAUAUAACAAAUGAGUUACUAAACGAAGCCUUCGAUGCGAUAGAAGCAGCAAAUGCUGAAAAGGCGAAGGAGCUCUAUACCUUCAUUUUGACCAACCCUGAAGAUCUGCCAAGAGCGUUUGACAGGGCCUUUGAUUACCUUCUUCAUACGCCGGUAUUGGCGUUUGGAGUGCGGGUAGCUGAAGAAGUCAUUUUGGCGAUUGCCCAGCGCAGCAACUGGGACUCCCUCAACGACCGGCUACAGUUAUUAAAGGAAGUACAGUGGUCUUUGCAGGAUAGGUCGCCACUUCGCAAAAGGACGCUGAGCAAAGAAACCAGGCCCAAGUUUUUCAACGUAUUCCAAAUUGCUACUGACCUCUUGGCAUUCAUUAAAACUGGACGCUUCGAGAGGCGACGGCUCCCCAAACCACUGCUCUUCAAGCGUAUUGCCGCUACUGCCAAAAUUAUCGUACGGAGGCUCCGCCCAACUACCGAAGGGCAAGAUAGGGCAAUUCGAGUUGCAGCGGCCUACAAACUCCGCGAGGAGCUUGGUAGCCUGUUACCACCCCAAGAAGGCAACGGUGGCCCUCCCCAGACUGAUGAAGCCAGCAAUGAUACCGAGCCCUUUAUAGGCUGA